GAGACCAGACCGUUCAGACACAGACCACAUAUGAAAGAGACCUGAUUCUUCUGACUGUCACAAUGAAUCAGACCUGAGUCACCUCAGCCUUCAGAGCGAGUGGAGCCUUAUUCCAUCUGUGUUUGUUUCUGUUAAAUAAAUAAGAUGAUGGAUCUGGUGGAUGUUUCUGGAAUCCAGGUUAGAUCAGAACCAUUUAGAGCUGUCUGGGGUCAGCUCCAUGCUGGACCAGUUCAGGCUCUGUUGCUCCAGAAGCCAGACCUUAGUUUCAUUUUCAGGAAAAAGUGAAACAUAGAGGAUCAGAAUCUAGACUCCUGAGUUCAACCACGGUGGUCCUCAAAGUUCUAGCUAGAACCACCAUUGGUACUGAGUCAUAAAGUUUCUGGCACGGUCCAGCUUUCCUGGUUUCCUCCUCCAGUGAGCAGGACUUAAGUAUCAGUUCUCGUGGAAGAGAAGCUGCAGCUCUUCUGAUCACAACCAUCCCUCAGACCUGGACCACAUUUCAUCCUAAUGGCCUGCAGCUCCAGCAGGAUGGGUUCUGAAAAACAACCCCGAUGAGAUCAGGACAUGCGGCUUUAAUCAGAAACAUUUACACUGAACACUGAUUGGCACUUCCAUUCAUUCCUUUUCCAAUCAUUUCAUCAAACUGGCGUGACCUAUCCACGCUGGCAUCAUGAAGGAGCGCUGAUCUCCGAGGGUUCUCCGCCCCGGAGCGUAUAAAUACACGAGAACAAUUCAGCAACGGUAACUAGCCUCAUCCUCAUACUGUUCUACCAUCUGAGUCAUCUGGACCUCUGGCACCAUGAAUGGUCUGAGGAGCGUCCCGUUAAUCCGCCUGCUCACUCUCCUGCUGCUGGCCGCGUUGAUCUCUCAGUCAUGGAGCACGCCCAAGGGCUCGUUCCAGCGCAGAAACUGGACCCCACAGGCCAUGCUCUACCUGAAGGGCACACAGGGCCGCAGGUUCAUCUCUGAAGACCGGAAAGAAGGCAACGUUUAUGACACGCUGCACUUAGAGACCCGCAGUCAGAACACAGAGAAGCUGAGCGUAGACCAGGCUGCCGCCGUGCUGCUCAACUUCCUGCAACAGGCCCGAGAGGGAGCUGAUGAAAAUCCAGAUGAACUGUACUUCCGGGAGCUGCCAGUAUGGAAGAGGGAAUACUUCUGAAAACAUCUAACGUUGUUUGGGUGUUUGUGUUGGUGUCGGCGAGACAAACUUCUUCUCUGUAAAAAGGAAAUUUGUGUUUGAAACAAGAUGUUUCAAUAAAAAUCUGAACUGGCAGCACUUUAAACCCGAGGUCGUUGGAGUUGAUCACAGAAGCAUUUCACCACAAAAGAAUCUGAUUAACAAUGUGAGCUUCAGAGACACUUUCAUCCCUUUGGUGUGGCGUUCAUCAGACCAGACUUUAGAGAAUCUUCUGGGGGUGCUCCUGUCUUCUGGUGGACAGACUUUAACUCCAGUCUGGACAGACCUCUGCUCUGUUCGAGAAUCAAUCAUUAGAGAAGAUCUUAAUUUAUCUGUGAAACGUGUCUCUCAG